CUUCUGACACGCCGUCAACAGCCAUGUUCAAGCAGCUGAUCGUCGUCCUGGCCGUGGUGGCCGCCUGCCUGGCCGCCCCCGGACCCAAGCCGGCCCCCGGUCUGCUGGCCAGCUACGUGGCCGCUGCCCCGGUCGCAUACACCGCCCCCGCCGUCGCCGCCCCCGUCGCCUACACCGCUGCCUACACCGCCCCCGUGGCAUACGCCGCUCCGUACGCCGCAUAUGCCGCUCUGCCCUACAGAGCUGCAUUCUAUGGAUGAAAACGAUGUCUUCACUGCGACCAUCUGGCCACUUCUGCAGCAAACAGCAGACAUUGAAAAGAAUCUGACAUAAAAUGUGGACUGCGAAAACUAAGUUGUAAAGAAUAAAUACAAUCACGAACAGUU